GGGCGGCGCAGCGAUAAGGCGGUGGCGGCGGCGGCCGCUCGGGGACCACUGGCAGCGGCGGUAGCUCACGCCCGCGCCCUCAUUGCACCCGUGCGCCCCCGGAGACAGAUCCCGCCCCGCGGCCCAGGCCGGGCCUGGCUGGGACCGGACUGGCGGGGCCCUCACGACUGACUUCCCCUUGCAGAACCCAGCGGGUGCCGCGUCUCCACCCGAGGCUUCCACCUCCAACAAGCCAUGUUCCAGGCUGCAGGAGCCGCCCAGGCCACCCCCUCUCAUGAGGCCAAAGGUGGCGGCAGCAGCACGGUGCAGCGCUCCAAGUCCUUCAGCCUGCGGGCCCAGGUGAAGGAGACCUGCGCCUCCUGCCAGAAGACCGUGUACCCCAUGGAGCGGCUGGUGGCCGACAAGCUCAUUUUCCACAACUCUUGCUUCUGCUGCAAGCACUGUCACACCAAGCUCAGCCUGGGCAGCUAUGCCGCGCUGCACGGGGAGUUCUACUGCAAACCCCACUUCCAGCAGCUGUUUAAGAGCAAAGGCAACUACGACGAGGGGUUUGGCCGCAAGCAACACAAGGAGCUCUGGGCCCACAAGGAGGUGGACCCCGGCACCAAGACAGCCUGAGGCCUCUGCAACCUUCCACCCCCUCUGCGGAGGGCCUGGAGCCGGCAGGGGGAAGGUGGGAAGGAGGUGGAGCUGGGCUUGCGUGGGGGCCAGGUGGUAAGGGGAUGAGGCUUGCUCAGGCGGAGGGGCCCAGGGCAGGGCUCUGCUCCAGGAUUCCUUCCUUCUUCCUUCUCCCGCAGCCGGUGAGGGUUUGGGAACCAGGAUUGGGGACUGCCCACCACCCUGCUUCCUGCUUCGUUCAGCCACCAUCCCCACCUCACCCCAGGACCCCCUGGGAGGCUCCCAAGCCCAGCUUCCCUAUCUAGGUGCCUUUUCUCCAGCAAGGAGUCAGCAUGCCCCGCUCAGGGUCCCAAGCUCCCUCACUGCCACCCGAGACUGUGGCCCCCACAUCUCCCCAUCUACCUCUAUCCUUAACCUGGUUCUGAGCCACGGAGACAGGGAGGAAGGAGCGCCACAGUGCCACCUGUUGGGCCUCAUAAAUGCCCCUGCAGCCCAUGGGGGAGGGGAUGGGGAAGUGGAGCCACCCUGCCUCUGCAGGGCAAGGCAGGGCCUGCCCCAGUGGGGCUUGGGACCAUCUCUAAGCACCAGCGUGGAGAAGCAGAAGCAAAAGCACUCACCAGGCUGCAGCUUCAGGCACUGGCAGGGGCUGGUGCGGCCCCACUCCCCUCCCCUACUCCCGUUUCUGCCCAUCCUGACUGUUAUGACCAACCCCGUUUUAAACAUGUUUCAAUAGAUCCAGAUUCUUUACUG